UAAUUUCUCCGCUCUGCCCUUCCUCGCCGUAGGCUUCGACAGGAAAUACGUCACCGGAAGUUGUCCGACAGUCCGUCAGUCCCCCACUUCCGGAGUGGUUCCCUGCGCCGUUGAGUCCGCCAUGGCCGGUGCCCGGGUGUUGGGCGAAAGCGGCGGCGGCGGAGGAGCGGCGGCGGGUGCGGGCGCAGCGGCCAUGGACUACUCGGUGCACGAGGCCUGGAACGAGGCCACCAACGUCUACCUGCUGGCGGUGCUGGCCAGCCUGGCCCUGCUGGUCUACGCGCGGAGAAAUAAAAGGAAGAUCAUGAGGAUAUUUACACUACCUCCAACCGUUGAUAUACCAACUGAACCAAACUUUUAUGACAGUGUGAAAAAGGUUCGUCUGCGACAGCAGUUAGAAAUGUAUUCUAUUGCCAGGAAAUAUGACCAACAGCAGCAACCACAGAAACAGGCUGAUAGUGUACAGCUUUUGGUGGAAUGAAGUCUUGAAUCUAUGAAGUGGAGAGACAGUGCUGAAGAUGACAGACAAUUUGGGAUGUAGUCAGUUUCAGUGCAACAUUAUAGAUAUAUAGACUUUUCCAUUGUGUACAAUGUUUCUGAAAGAUGGGCCCUGUGUAAAUGUACAAUGAAUUUUGUCUGGAACCUGAAAAACUGGUGUAGCUAACAAAUAGGGGAGCUGUCUUCCAGUUUGUAAUGCAAAUGAUUUCCAGUCAGAGACAUAGAUUACAGGAACAUGAAGAUGCUCAGUUGGGAUUCUGCAGCUGUUGCUUGUAAACUCAAGAUGGAUACAAGAAGUAUGUGGUACCUGAUUUGUAACAAAGCUAUCAAUCAAUAAACUGCUUGGUGUUGUCAAUGAAAGGACAUCUUA